UACUCUUUUAGGGUAAUGAUUUGUAUUUUCCUCUUAAAAAUCAAUAACAAGUGCAUCACUUUUGUAGCUAUUUGUAGCACAGUAGCAAAGGAUUAUCAUCCUUCCUCAUUUUUACUUUCAGACACAAGUGUUCAGGAGAUCGAGGAAUGCUACAAGAAGUUCACAAAGAGAGAUGACAUUGACAUUAUCCUUAUUAACCAGAAUAUUGCAGAGCAGAUACGCCAUGUGAUUGAUGGGGACAAUGACAAUCCCCUUCCAGCUGUACUGGAGAUCCCCUCCAAGGACCACCCGUAUGAUCCUUCCAAAGACUCUGUUCUCCGUAGAGCCAAGGGUCUUUUCAGUGCAGAUGACAUGCGCUAAGGAUACUCUAGACUUUAUAUCUUGUAGAACAUUCCACUUCCUGUUUUUUCCUCCUUGAUUGAGGAUGUUGAUAUGCACUUUAAUGUAUAAUGUGUGAGGAAGCAGCAUAUUCUUUUGCUAAUAGAGUUAGGCUUAAAAAUGGUUGUGAGUGACUUAAAGAGCUCAAACACUAAUUGUCAUUCUUUUUCCCCAUGUAAUAUUUUGUAUAGUAACAUAUAUACCAUUUUUUCUUUCCAUGUGUAUGGUGUAUGUGGUGAUUGUUAAGGAAUGUAUAAAAGAGUAAAUUGGUAA